AUGGCGAAUGAAGCAAGUAGCAGUAGCACUAACCCGAACAGAACGCUCUGUACGGAAAGAUAUGAACUUGGUCGGGUCUUGGGUAAAGGAAACUCCUCCGUCGUGAAGCUUGCACGUAACACUACCACCGGAGAUUUUGUGGCCAUCAAAAUUUUCAACAAAGAACAGCUUCUCGAAGGCAAGAAAGAAGCUCACAGGAGAAUAAUAAAAAAUGCUAUUAAACAAGAAAUAUCAAUACUGGGAAUGGUUAAACACCCAAAUGUGGUGCGUGUGAUUGAGGUGAUGGCUACCAAGAAAAAGAUAUAUAUUGUAAUGGAACAUGUUGAUGGGGAACUGUUUGAUAAAAUUAAUAAGACGAGUCUCUGUGGAAUGAAAGAACGCGAAGCAAACAAAUAUUUCCACCAGCUUAUAUGUGCUUUGGAUUACUGUCACAGCAAAGGUGUUACCCAUGGCGACAUAAAGGAAAGUGAACCGGAGAAUGUGUUGGUGGGUGAUGAUGGAGUGAUUAAAUUAUCAGAUUUUGGAUUGAGUGCUCUCCCCAAACAAGCUGAUGUGAAUGGGUUUCUUUACUGUACAUAUGGUACGCCAAAAUAUACCGCUCCAGAGGCAACAAAAUUUUACGGCUAUGAGGGUCGAAAGGCUGAUAUUUGGGCAUGCGGUGUCACUCUUUUCUUUAUGGUUGCUGGUUAUUUGCCCUUCACCGAUGCUGACGAGAAUUUAAAGAGACUGGUUCGGAAAAUGCUUGAUCCCAAUCCUCAUACACGGAUCACAAUUGAUCAGAUGUAUCAGGAUGAAUGGUUCAUGAAGUUUUAUCAACCACUAAGAUUUCCACUGGAAAGUGUUGGUUUUGAUUAUGAUUCACUAGUUCUUCCAGCCAAGGAGGGAGAAACAGGGUCUUCAUCACAACCACCGGCCACGAAUGCGCUUGCGAUGUGUUCUACCUAUCUCGGCUUCAACCUUGUAAGAAAUCUUUUGAACAAGGUACACGUUAAAUGCGAAACUAUAUUCAUAUCCCAACAUCCCAUUGAUGAUAUAAUAGAGCAAAUUGAGGUUACAGCAAAGAGUUUAGGAUUUAAAGUUCGGAAGAGAAGCUUUCAGAUGAAUAUCACUCUGAGAGAGGAACUAGCUAGACGCCAUGGUCACCAAUCUAUAGUCACUAAGAUCUAUGAGAUGGUCCCUCAUUCUUACAUGGUUGAGGUUCGUAAGGUUUCAGGAGAUAAUCUAAAAUUCCAUGAGUUCUACAAGAAAGUGAGUGAAGGGCAUAUCAUUUUGAAAGCAGAACCUAUAGAGACAUAA